AUGGCGACGCCCAGCAAACAGCGAAAAUUUUCAAAGGGAAAACAAGGAUCUAGCCCGAGUUCAACAAAAAAGAAAGUCCCCAUUGUUACAAAGAGUGAAGGAACUGUCAUCAACAUUGACCAGGACUCUAUAUCCAGCAUUUAUGAUGAGGAGUCCAGGGACAGCCCUACGGCUACACAGAAAACACAAGUCUUCAAGCAGCCAAACUUUGUGCACUCCAGCAUUGGCACAUCGGCAAAUAAGAAGGCUCGUGCCUGGAAGAACCUGAAACAGAUUAUAACUGCAGAGCGGGCUUUACCCUGGGGCCCGGAUGAUACAACUUAUGGAAUGAUUGAUGCACCACCAUCAUUUAAACCGGCAGUGAAAUAUUCUGAUAUAUCUGGAUUAGCAGCUGCUUACACAGAUCCUCAAACAAAACUCCGCUACGCCAACACAGAUGAGUUUUCUCGGAUCAGGAUGAUGCCUGGCGACCUCAUCACGGGAUGUCUUGCGUUAAGGAAAGCAAACUCUGUGGUUUGAAGUAGUGUUUGAGUAAUUAGCACUAUGUGGUAAAAUGAAGAAAACACUGUGGUUUGAAGUGGUGUUUGAGUAAUUAGCACUAUGUGGUAAAAUGAAGAAAACACUGUGGUUUGAAGAAGUGUCUGAGUAAUUAGCACUAUGUGGUAAAAUGAAGAAAACACUGUGGUUUGAAGUAGUGUUUGAGUAAUUAGCACUAUGUGGUAAAAUGAAGAAAACACUGUGGUUUGAAGAAGUGUCUGAGUAAUUAGAACUACAUGGUUAAAUGAAGAAAACACUGUGGUUUGAACAACUGUCCAAUUCCUAAGUACUACAUGGUUAAAUGAAGAAAAGCAAACACUGUGGUUUGAAGUAGUAACUGAGUAAUUAGCAGUAUGUGGUAAAAUGAAGAAAACACUGGUUUGAAUUAGUAACCGAGUACUUAGUACUUAAUGGUAAUAUGAAGAAAAGCAAACACUGUGGUUUGAAGAAGAAUCGUAGUCCUCAGUACAAAAUGGUAAAAAAAGAAAGUUAUAGGCCAGCUUCAAAGUUCUUGGUAUUACUUUAGUAGCAGAUUUGUUGUUACGAAGAAGUGAUCUCACAGAUGUACUGAUUGUGCAGGGAUUCAAAGUUCUCGGAAUUGACUUUGACAGUGGACUUUUUCCUACAAGCAAGUGAUCUCAAAGACUUAUGGCCUAUGCAUGGCCUGUGAGGGAUUUCAGAAGAUUUUGGAAAUUAGGAGUCUUGUGGUGAUCCUUAAUUUGAAAAUGUGAAGGGUCAAGGGAAAUAUUCCAUGGUCAGAAUGAUGAAAUAACACAAUUCUUUACUGAAUUAAUACUUUAUGCUUUAUAUAUUUUAAUUAUAUUAAGGUUAAUAUGUUAAUAACUUUACAAGUGUUUAAAGAUAUAUUACUUUCCAGUGAUUUGAAGAAUUAGGAUCUUAGAAAGCAAGUGCAUUCAAAUGAUGAAUGACGGCUUAUUUUCUCAAGUCAACAAUUGAAAAAUUGCAAUUUGUCGGUAUUAAAAAGCAAGAUUUGACAUAUUCUGCCAAAGUUAACAAUGGAUACAAAUUUCCUUUUUUGAAUGAGCAAAAAUAUUUGGCUACACUUUCUUCAUUAUAAAUCCCAUAAAAAGCAAGUUAUGAAUAAUUCUUCCAAACAGACGAAAAUUUGGCUUAAAACUAAUUUGAGUUUUGGGAAUUCAUGCGCAUUGGGAAGGUCAUACAAAUGUAUUUGGUUGAAAACAAGCAAAAAAUAAUUGGGUUUAGGAAGUUAACGAAGUGCUAGUUGGUUAAACACCAGUUGUUGUGGUAAGAUCUUUUACCAUGAGCAUUAGAGAUACAGUUAGUAAAUGUAAGGGAAACAAUCUAACAUGAGUUGAACAGUAAACGAAAAUGGAAUUAAUAUCCACAAGUUAUAUUAUGUUACUUGUUGUACCAAAACUAGUUUAGGUAAGAAACUUAAUUCUUGAAAAAAAAUCUUAUGUAUUAGAUCACAACAAGGUUCUUAUUCAUACUGAGUUGUAUAAAACUAUGUAAUUUGAUCCAAAAAAUAGGAGUUUGUACACAUUUAAAAAUCAUGUUUUUGCAUCGUUGAUUAAUGUAAAACAUUGUUAUAUAUGUCUGUAUUUGCUUGUCAAACUUUCAUGAGAAAAUAAAACACACAAAAUUGA